AUGGGCAGCUUUACACCAACCGGAAACAUACGCAUAGGCGUCGACGUGGGAGGCACCAAUACCGAUGCCGUGGCGCUGGAUCUCUCCGCGCAGCACACCGAAACCCGCGGCGUGAUUGCGCACUUCAAGACCCCCACCACCCCGGACGUCACCUCUGGCAUCGAAACAGCCGUCGGCACCGUCAUCAAAGCAGCCGGCGUAUCGCUGGACAGCAUUUCCUGCGUGACCAUUGGAACGACCCAUUUCAUCAACGCCGUCAUCGAGCAGGACGCCCGACGCCUGCGCAAAGUCGGUGUUCUCCGCCUGUCCAAGUCUUUCCUCCGUCAGAUCCCGCCCUUCAGCGAGUUCCCGGCCGGCUUGACCCGCCUGAUCAGGAGCUACAUCGGCUAUGCCGACGGCGGCCUGCACAUCGACGGAGCCGAAGAGGCGCCCGUCGUCGAAGACCAAGUCGUGCGCGAGUGCGCCGAGAUCAAAAAGCAUGGGAUAUCUGCUCUCGUCGUGGCCGGCAUCUUCUCCCCGAUCGACGAGGAGUUCCAGCAGGAGAAACGCGUGCGAGACAUCAUCCUGCGUGAGAUUCCCGGAAUCGACGUCGUCUGCUCGCACGAAGUCAGCAACAUCGGCUUCCUCGAGCGCGAGAACGCGGCCAUCUUGAACGCUUCGAUUCUCAAGUAUGGACGCCGCACGGUGAGGGGCUUCCGUGAGGCGAUGAGCAGGCUGGAUCUCAAGUGUGGCCUGUACAUCACUCAAAACGACGGCACCUUGCUAGACGCCGCAUCUGCCGCCCGCAUGCCCAUCAGAACAUUCUCCUCUGGCGCUACCAACUCGAUGCGCGGAGCCGCGUAUCUGGCUGGAAAGUCUCUGGACGGCACUUCGGCCGUUGUCGUUGACAUUGGAGGCACCACCUCGGACGCUGGCGUGUUGCUGCAGUCCGGGUUCCCAAGACAAGCCUCUGCUUUCGUUACUGUCGCUGGCGUCAAGGUGAACUACAGUAUGCCAUUCCUGCACUCGAUUGGUCUCGGGGGUGGUUCUAUUGUUCGGGAGGCUGCCAACGGAAAGGUGACCGUGGGUCCGGACUCCGUUGGCCACUAUCUUACCACAGAAGCCAAAGUCUUCGGUGGCAGCAAGUUGACAGCAACAGAUAUUGCUGUUGCGGCCAAAAGAGCGGUAAUCGGAGACAUCUCAAGGAUUGGCGAUGUAAGCCCCGAACUUGCACUCAGGGCGCAAGACAGGAUAAAGGCCAUGCUUGAGGGAGUCAUUGAUCUCUGCAAGACCUCUCCGGACCCUUUGCCAGUCUUGCUCGUAGGUGGUGGUUCAGUCCUUGCACCAGAAAGCUUGAAGGGCGCGUCGAAGAUAAUAUGCCCCCCCUUUCACGAUGUUGCGAACGCGGUUGGUGCCGCAGUUAGCAAGGUUGGUGGUGUUGUGGACCUGGUUCAGAGCACGGAGCAUCAAACACAACAAGAGGCUAUCCAAAGAGCCAAAGACCUCGCCAUCAAGAGGGCAAUGGAAGCCGGUGCAAUCCCACAGACUAUCACCAUUACCGAGAUCGACUCCCUUCCUGUCUCAUAUGUGGCGAACAAAUUGCGGACCGUGGUCAAAGCUGUUGGUGAGUUGGAUAUAGCAAGGCAGCCGACACCACUGGAAGAAAACAACGACUUUGGGGAAGAAGAAGUCGAGGAAAGCAAGGACUACGGUGAGAAGGUUUCGGAGGAAUCGCCCGUCGACCCGUUCACCUACAGACCGGAUGUCGCGGUUAAUCCAGAAACGGGUAUAGCCGAAUGGAGCCUUUCGAAGACGGACGUGGACUGGCUUGCUGAAGGCUGUUACGUGCUGGGUUGUGCAGGAGGCGGUUCGCCCGCAGCCACCAGGAUCCAAUUGCGGGACCAGCUGCGGGAAGGUUACAGGCUCAAGAUCGUGGAUGCGAGUGUGCUACCUGACAAUGCCCGCGUCUACUGGGGAGGUCAUAUGGGGUCUCCGGCAGUUUCCGUGGAGCGACUCAACGCGACAGAAACAGUAGAAGCCUUCCGGGCUCUCAUGGAGUACUUGAGACACGACUCUUUCGAUGCCGUUAUCGGCCUUGAAAUCGGCGGCGCCAACGGUCUGGAGCCCCUUCUCGUCGGCAGUUCAAAGUACUUCGACAGACCAACCAUCGAUGCCGAUUUCAUGGGGCGGGCGUACCCAACGUACUGGCAGACGACAAUCGCAGUGCACGAGCCUGGCUCCCUCAUCCCCUGCGCCAUCGACUCUGGCGACGGUAAGACCAUCAUCAUGACAAGGGCAUCGACAGAUGAGAUUGUCGACCGAGCGCUCCGCGCAUCAUGCGCUGAAAUGGGAUCCCGUGUCGGAAAGGCGGGAGCUCCGACGACGGCGAGCAUUGUGCGUCGGACGGCGGUGAUCAACACCUAUUCGCUCGCGUGGCGCAUCGGACGGUGCAUCGCGCGCAGUGAGGCCAGCAACACGCAGUCCAAGGUGUGUGAAUCGAUCGUGCAGGAGGUGGGUGGGGAGGCGACGGCUCGCAUCCUGUUCCGCGGCAAGAUUGUGGCAGUGGAGCGGCGGCUGUUCAAGGGCCACUCGUACGGCGAAAUCAGCAUUGCGAGCAUGGCGGCGGACGAGGAGGACGAGGGGGCAAAGGAGGCUAUGCCGGCUCUGGCCACGGGCGGGACGCUCAAGAUCCCGUUCAAGAACGAGAACCUGUAUGCGGAGCACACGUCGGAGGCGGGCGAGAGGCGCAUGGUCUGCACGGUGCCUGACUUGAUCGCGGUGUUGGACACAGGCUCCGGACGUGCGCUGGGUGUGCCCGAGUUCAGAUACGGGCUCCGGGUGACGGUGCUCGGGAUUACGGCAAGCCCGCAGUGGACCAGCACCGAAGCGGGAGUCAAGAUUGGCGGGCCUAAGGCGUUUGGGUACGAUCUGGAGUAUAAGCCCGUCGGGGUGUAUGUCGAGCCGAAGAGCGUGAUCGCCGAGUACGCGGCGUGCGAGUGA